CCGGGGCCUGGUCGGGCGGCGCGGAGCCUGCGGGCGGGGGGCGCCGGCGCCGCCAUGUUCCGGUACCCGUCCCUGGAGGACUGCCCGCUGGACGAGGAUGAAGAUGCCUUCCAGGCCCUGGGGGAGGAGGAUGAAGACAUCGACCAGUUCAACGAUGACACCUUCGGGGCCGGUGCCGUCGAUGAUGACUGGCAGGAGGCCCACGAGCGGCUGGCGGAGCUGGAGGAUAAGGCCAGCUCGAGCCGGGAGCCGGAUGGUCCCGUUGGGAAUGACGGGGACGUCCUGGGCGAUCCCGAGGACGCGCUGGCCGAGCGGCUGACGCGCCUCGUCAUUGACAGCGAGCUGGAGGACCCAGCCAUCAUGCAGGCCGUGCACACCAGGGAUCCCCCGCAGCAGCCUGGAGGGCUGAAUUCCAGCAUCUGGGACAGCUCAGCCAUGCUGCGGCGCAUCCGGGGGCCGCUCCUCGCUCAGGAGAUGCCGUCGGUGUCCGUGCUGGAUUAUGCCCUGCCCCAGAGGCCUCCGCAGGCUCGGGAUGAGGAGCGGGAUCCCUCGGAGCGGGCGCUGCCCCGGCGCUCCUCCUCCCCCAUCAUCGGGAGCCCCCCAGUCCGGGCCAUUCCCAUUGGCACCCCCCCCAAACAGGCUGCCAUCCCAAACUUCAACCAGCAGAUCCUGUGUCCCAAACCUGUCCACAUCCGAGCUACCAUGCAGCAGCGUUAUCCCGCUCCCUAUGGAGAGAGGAUGUCCCCCAACCAGCUCUGCAAUGUUCCGAAUUCCUCCCUCCUGGGCCACCCGUUCCCCCACAGCGUCUCUCCCGUCCUCACACACCUGCAGAGAGCCCAGCUGCUCGGAGGAGCCCAGGCCGGCCGAAUGUCCCCCAGCCAGUUUGCCCGUGUGUCGGGGCUGGUGGGGAGCCCACUGCCCUCGGUGAACCCCAAGCUGCUCCAGGGCAGAGUUGGGCAGAUGAUGUCCCCGGCCGGAGGGUUCCGUGCCUUUUUCGGGGCUCCCCCGGCCCCGCCCCCCUCGCAGCUGCCGCACCCUCCGGGCCCCGGAUCCCACCUGCAGAACCUGAGGUCGGUGCUAUCCCUGUCCCAGCGUCCCAGCUGCUCCCUGCCUCCCUCCCUGACCGUUCCUGCCCUCCCCAGGCCGCAGCCCCAGAUGUUCCGGCCAGACACGACCCACCUGCACCCGCAGCACCGCCGGCUCCUGCACCAGCGGCAGCAGCAGAACCGCAACCAGCACCGGAGCCUCAACGGCUCUGGGGGGGACCGAGGGGGCCACCGGAGCAGCCAUCAGGAGCAGAUCCGUAAGGAUCCCUACGCCAACCUCAUGCUGCAGCGGGAAAAGGACUGGGUGUCCAAGAUCCAGAUGAUGCAGCUGCAGAGCACUGAUCCCUAUCUGGAUGAUUAUUAUUAUCAGAAUUACUUCCAGAAGCUGGAGAAGUUGGCAGCAGCCGAGGAAGUGCACGGUGACGGUCCCAAGAAGGAGCGCACUAAACUCAUCACCCCUCAGGUGGCCAAGCUGGAGCACACCUACAAGCCAGUGCAGUUUGAGGGCUCGCUGGGAAAGCUCACCGUCUCCAGUGUCAACAACCCCCGGAAGAUGAUUGACGCCGUGGUGACGUCCCGCAGCGAGGAUGAUGAGACGAAGGAGAAGCAGGUUCGGGAUAAGAGGCGACAGACUCUCGUCACCAUUGAGAAGACGUACAGCCUCCUCCUGGACGUGGAGGACUACGAGCGCCGCUACCUCCUGAGCCUGGAAGGGGAGCGGCCAGCCCUGAUGGGAGAGAGGAAGCAGAAGAUAUGUGACAUGUAUGACAAUCUGAGGGGGAAGGCACCUGGGCAGGACAGGCCGAGUGAUGACCACUUCAUGCAGAUCAUGUGCAUCCGGAAAGGAAAGCGCCUGGUGGCCCGGAUCCUGCCCUUCCUGGCUCCAGAGCAAGCGGCCGAUGUGCUCAUGGCCACGGCCAGGAACCUGCCCUUCCUCAUCAAGAAGGAUGCUCAGGAUGAGGUGCUUCCCUGCCUCUUGAGGCCCUUUUCCCAUGUCCUCUACCACCUUCCCUUGGGAACAGUCACCAGCCUUGUGCAGCAGCUCACGAACCUACCUCAGAGCGCCGCCGCUCCCACCAACCUGCACCUCACUGCUGUGCUCCAAAACAAGUUUGGUCUGUCCCUGCUGUACCUGGUCCUGAGCCGAGGGGAGGAAUUGCAGAGCUCGGACACGAACACAGAGCUGAUGCAGGACAACCAAUGGACGGAGCUGAUGCUGAUGGCGACCCGGGAGCUGCUGCGGAUCCCUCAGGGAGCCUUGGCAAAGCCCGUGUCCAUCCCCUCCAACCUGAUCUCCCUCUUCUCCCGCUACGUUGACCAGCAGAAGCUGAACCUGCUGGAGACGAAAUUGCACUUAGUGCAGGGGAUCCGGUAGAUCUCCGUGGCUCCUCGCCACCACUGGAAUGUUCCAGAGGAAGGAAGGAAGGAAGGAAGGAAGGAUGGAUGGAUGGAGGGCACACGGUUCACCCCACACCUCCCCCGACGCCCGGCCUGGCACAUGGGGCGCAUCUGCCCCCCCAAUCCCUGGAUCAGCAGGAAGAGGGGGAUGUUUGGCUGCUCCCCCCUUUCCCACAAAGUGCUGCCUUUCCCUGCUGCUCCCAAUUUCCCCACGACUCCCUCUGCACCCCAGAAUCUGCUGCUUCCCCCCCAAACACACACACACACACACACACACUACUGAGGAUCCCGGGGAGCAGGGAGCCCCUCGCUCCACAUCCAUGGCCAGGGGUUCUCUGCUCGUUCCCUGCUCCUUCUCCAGCCCUUUCCACAAGCACUGAGCUCUGCUUCCUGCCCUUCCCCACACUUCACACACUUGUUUCGCACACUUGCCUCGUCUUCCCAAAAUUCAGCUCCUUCCCUCUCCCCGGGAUCAGCCCAGCAGCUCCGGGGCGAGGGGCACAGCCGGGUCUCUGUCCCCUCCGGAUCAGAUCCGGGUGGCUUCAGCUGUGCUGCUCCUCGGGAAGGUGGUGGUGGUGGUUGGGGGAU